GCAUUAGUUAAUCAAUGAAAGUUACGGUACACCCGUUGAAAACACUGGAUCAAAAUCGACAGGAACUGAGUACAUAGGCAGCAUAUGAAAAGAAGGGUUGGCAGUCAUAUUGGAGGCGAGAGGGGUCAUCCUAGGGAAAGCGGUACCCCUUGGGGCCGCUGUAACAGGGGAGCUCCACGGCUCAGGUGACGACAGAACCUUUCUGGGGCUUCUAGUGGAUCGAGUUCUUUUACCACGACCUUUGAAUGGGGAGAAUCUCGAUGGAAAUCUGCUAUCGAAUGGCGAGUAGGCUACGAACUCAUCCGGGUCGUCCUCCUGCCACCAUCCUAGUUGGCAUUGCUCUCUGAAUCUAUCGUCAAACGGUGAGCACACAAUCAGCCCUUUGGCGUGUACAUGCGUGCUGGUCUUGGGUUGAUAGCGGCCAGGCUUGGAGGUCAAUCCCACGAACUCAGCAUCGAAGGGGCACACUGCCCCCCACCCACAGGGGCGCCGUUCAUCAACCUUCUUCUUCGACAGAUGUUCAUGAUAGGACCGAACAUCCCAAUUCUUCGGCUUCAAUUGAUGUCCGAUGAGAUACUUCUUGGCAAGUCUUAUCCUCUUACUAUUGCGCUUGCGCCCCCUCGAACUACUCUGGGACGGCCAUUUAGUGACCCGCUCAAACUCCUCAGAAAACGGACUGCAUGCCUGGAACCCGUCCAGGAAGCGCGAUUCGUGAGACAUAUAGUGCGGAAAGCGCUGGUCAAACGGCGAGAAGGUCUGGAACACGCUCUUUGAGGGCCUCUCCUUGUGGUGUGGCUUAUGCCUAAUGCAUGCAGAAUCCUUCAACCCACGACGACGACGACGACGUUUAGACUUGCGCUGCUUAGGUUCAGUAUCAAGUUGCUGGAGAGAGGCAGGGUCGACGAUACUGCCGACUACAGCCCUCGUAGAGAACAUCUGCGACGAGCGACUUGGAGUUGUCUCAUCCCAUAGGAGGAACUUGCCGGACGCCCCUUGCGCUGGUGCA